AUGGCCAGCGUUGGAGCUCUGGUGAGGGCAGGAGCACGGUCGUCAGACGCCAGGCGGAGCGAGGGCAAGGGCGACGUUCAACAGCGCGGAGGCUUGCUGAGAAGGAGAGUGGAAGCAGCUGGAAGAAGGGUCAUAGAUUGGAAUGAAUCUCGUGUCCUAGGCGUGCUUGCUACAUUAAGGUCAAUGGGAGAUUAUUGUUUAAAGCAAUAUGUGAUGGCUGAGCCAGAGGACACAGUAAGCAAGAGAACAGAGUUGGACGACUUCCUUGUGAUAGCAAGCGAUGGGUUAUGGGAUGCGCUCUCUAACGAGGCUGCCUGCCAAGUUAUGAGGAGGUGCCUUGACAGAUAUAUAAAGAGGAGGUUCCCUGAGGAGCUGAGAGGAAGUAAUGUCGUCAAGGUGGCUACAGUGCUAGCCAAACUGGCCAUGGCUCGAGAUAGCCAAGACAAUAUCAAUGUGAUUAUGGUCGAGUUGAAGAAACCAAACUAG